AUGGGCUUUAAAACACUAUUAUACACUUUUCUAGUGUCCACCGUCAAAUGUUGUCCGUCCUCUUGUAUUUGCAACUGGGAAAAUGAUAAGCAAAUUGUCGAAUGCCCUUGGAAAAAUCUAGAAAACAUCCCGGAAAACAUAGAUUUUGCCACCCAAACUCUGGAUUUAUCUGGAAACAAUUUCCAACCAGAUUAUGACUUCAAAAACUUCGCAAGCCUUCAAAAAUUAUUUUUAAAAAAUUGCCAAAUUACAAGCCUCAAAAAAGAUGUUUUCGAAGGCCUUACCAACUUAAUCCACUUAGAUUUGAGUGAUAAUUUACUAGAAAACAUCCCCUUGGAAGCCCUAAUGCCAUGCCCCUCAUUAACGAGCCUCAAUUUAAGCAAAAACCCUAUAAAAACCUUAAAAAAACUAGCCUUCAAUAACUUAAACAUGCUGCAAAAUAUUGAUUUAAGCUCCUGCGAACUAACUCAAAUAAGCUCAGAGGCCUUCAGCAACCUCCACAACCUCGAAUGGCUAGAUCUGAGCCAAAACAAACUCGAAAAUUUUCCUCAAAUCCCAAUGCCUCAAACCCUAAAAGGGGUGCAGCUUCAUGGCAAUCGAUGGGUUUGUGAUUGCAAGAUAAAGCCUCUAAGCGCUUGGUUGAAAAUCUAUCCUGUUUUGGUAGCUCCUAUUUGUGAGGAGCCUAGAAAAUUCAGAGGAUUGCCUGUCAGGGGCUUGAAUGAUAGCGAAUUGAGUUGUGAAUCUCAAGAUUUUGAGGUUGAAGAAAGCCAAAAUGUUACGUUAAUUUGUGAAGAUUGGAAAAAUGAGACUGUUACUUUAUUUUUGAGUGGCUUGGACAUUAUUGAAGAUAAUAGGACUUAUUAUUGUUCAGCUAAAGGCAAUUUUACUGUAAUAGUCCUUCCUAAGCGUGAAAAUGUUAUAAAACUGGCUCAAGAAGACAAAAAAUUAUCGAUAAUUCCAAUUUUACUGGCUGCAGGGCUUAUUGUAAGCUCCCUUUGCCUUGUGGCCCUAAUUAUGACUUUGAUAAAACAUCAAGGCAAAACCAGGAGCGUUAAGCCUGAGGUGAUUGGUAAUUUUAUUGGGACAAGUAGUAAAGUACCUCAAAUAAGAAGACAACGCACCCUCGCCUACCUCAAUCCAACUCUGAAGAGCAAUUUUAGACCAGUUUCAGCACCCAGUUUUGAGCGUUACGUUGAAAAUUACGAUUUGAAUUUGGAUAAAUAG